UGUGGAGACGCCAUGGAGCUGUGCAGCAAGAAGAAGCUUCAUGCCCUGUCCCUGGCCGAGAAGAUCCAGGUGCUGGAACUCCUGGAUGAGUCAAAGAUGUCCCAGUCGGAGGUGGCCCGGCGCUUCCAGGUCUCCCAGCCCCAGAUCUCCCGCAUCUGCAAGAAUAAGGAGAAGCUGCUGGCGGACUGGUGCAGUGGCACGGCCAACCGGGAGCGCAAGCGCAAGCGGGAGUCCAAGUACAGCGGGAUCGAUGAGGCUCUGCUCUGCUGGUACCACAUUGCCCAGGCCAAGGCCUGGGACGUGACGGGCCCUAUGCUGCUCCACAAAGCCAAGGAGCUGGCCGACAUCAUGGGCCAGGACUUUGUGCCCAGCAUUGGCUGGCUGGUCCGCUGGAAACGCCGAAACAACGUGGGCUUCGGGGCCCGCCACGUAGUGGCGCCUCCGUUCACCCCUGAGCUGCCUCCCCCAGCUCCCACGCCCCAGGCCCAGCUACCUCUUUCUCUUAAAGAUUUCUCCCCAGAGGACAUUUUUGGGUGUGCUGAAGUGCCCUUGCUAUAUCGGGCAGUGCCCGGCAGAGUGGGUGUGUGUGAUCGGGUACAGGUACUGCUGUGUGCCAACAGCAGGGGCACAGAGAAGCGGCGGGUGUUGGUCAGUGGGCUCCAGGCUGCCCCAAGAUGCUUCUUUGGGGUCAGCAGUGAGGCCCUGCCCGCCUCCUACCACCCUGACCUGGCCAUCCCCUGGUCAGAAUGGUUGGCACAGUUUGAUCGGGACAUGGGGCGGCAGGGCCGACAGGUAGCCUUGCUGCUGGCUGCCCGAGUGGUGGAGGAGUUGGCAGGCCUGCCCGGGCUCGGCCACGUGAAGCUCUUGCCUCUGUCCGCUGCUAGCACCACGCCUUCCCUGCCCAGCUCCGUGGUCCAGGCCUUUAAGGCCCAUUACCGGCGCCGUCUGUUGGGCAAGCUGGCUGCCGUCCAGAGCGAGAGGGCUGGCACAUCGCUAGCUGAGGCCGGGGCAGGCAUCACAGUGCUGGAUGCUCUACACAUGGCAGCAGCGGCCUGGGCCAAGGUGCCUCUCCAGCUCAUCGUGAGCAGCUUUGUUCAGGAAGGGCUGGCUCCAGGCAAAACGGCCCUGGCCCCGCACAAAGCCUCGGAGAUGCCACCCGUCCCCGGUGGGCUGAGCCUCGAGGAGUUUUCCCGCUUUGUGGACCUGGAGGGUGAGGAGCCUGUGUCUGGAGUGUGCAAAGAGGAGGUGGGCACCGAAGACCAGGUGGGGGGCAGAGAGGACGGCUUGGAGCCCCUGCCCACCAAAGCCGAUGCCCUCCGGGCUCUGGGCACGUUGAGGAGGUGGAUUGAGUGCAAGGGCACCGGCCCUGAGCUGUUUGCAAAUUUCUACGCCUGUGAGGAGGAGGUGGAGCGACUCUGCUGCCUGUGAAGGGCCCUUCCAGCCGGAGCCCCUCCUCUCCUGUUUC